GGUUACUCCUUCUCCCCAGAUCUUUUCUUCCAGACUUGCCCACUCUUUCCCUUUGGCCAAGGCCGGUUUGAAACUCCCGUGCUACCAAGGACUCUCCCUCCCAGCCCAGCUGCGUCCACCAUCCCGCCUCACCCAGAAUUCAGGCACAGCUUGCCGAAAUGCUUGUUGAGGGCAAGAGCCAAACUGAAGCUUUUGUCCAAGGUCACACUUACUCGAGGCCAAAGCAGGCCAAGUGCUGACAUGGAACAGGCGUCAUCAACAGGCAGAACGGUGCACAUUACUGUGACCAACGGCUAUGAUUUGAAAGGCUUUAAAGGAGACACCCCAGUUACUUUUGUUCGCGCAGAGUUCAACCAGGCAGUUCUCGGAGACUCUGCAAAAACCACUGUCUCUCCAGAAGGGACGGCUAAGUACAGUUUUACUAGCAGUGUUGAGCUCAGUCCGGACGGAGGAGUCACUCUAGAUGACCUCGCCCACAAGCCUUUGUUCCUAACCGUGACUGAGGUUUUACCAAAGGAAAAGAAACAGAAGGAUGAGAAGACCUUAACUCUGGGCCAAGCUGUGGUGGACCUUCUUCCUUUACUGGAAGGAGAGGACUCAUUUGAAACGACGGUCCCGUUACACCCUGUGCAGGGGUCACCCUUAGAAACUCCUCUGCCAGGCUCUAAGCAGUGCAGUCUUGAUGUGAAGGUAUUUGUGACAGAGCCGCUACUGACGGCAGCUCAGGUGUCAGCGAGCAAUCUCCUGAAGGUCACACUGGAGGCCGCCUACUCUGUUCCUGAGUCGUUCAUGCCCGUAGGGCCUCAGCAGAACUACAUGGUUGGGCUGCAAGUUCCAUCAGUUGGAGAGAAAGACUACCCUAUGGUAUUCAAGAACGGAAAUCUGAAGCUUGGAGGAGAAAGAGAACCUGUUCCCCGGCCUAAAAAAUGGCCUAUUGCUAACAUUCUCGCUCCAGGAGCUAAUAACAUUCCUGAUGCAUUCAUUGUGGGUGGUCCCUAUGAGGAGGAGGAAGGAGAACUCAACCACCCUGAGGACAAGGAAUUUAGGAACCAAGCAGAAUGCAUCAAGAAGAGGAUCGUCUGGGACUUGGAGAGUCGCUGCUACCUUGAUCCUUCUGCUGUAGCAAGUUUCCAGAAGCGAAUCGCUGAUUGCCGGCUCUGGCCUGUGGAGAUCACAAGAGUGCCUUUGGUUACUGUACCUAAAGGAAAACCGGGCAAACUUGAGAAGGCCGAUGAUGAAAAUCAGCUUUCGUUUCAUGGUGUGGCAUAUGUCAACAUGGUCCCACUCUUGUAUCCGGGGGUGAAGAGGAUAAGGGGGGCUUUUCAUGUUUAUCCCUACCUGGACAGUACAGUCUUUGAAAAGACCAAAUGUUUGUUCAGCAUAUUCAGGGACACUGGGCACCAUCUGGUUCACAAUAAUAAAGCAGGGGGUCUUAACUCCCCACUGUCGAAACCUGUUUCCAAGAAUCUGAAAGAAGAGAAAGCAGUGAAAGACAAGGAGAUAGAUGGACGGGCUCGACCUGGGGACUUGCAAGCACCUAGCAUAAAAUCCCAGAGCUCAGAUACUCCUCUUGAAGGCGAAACCCCUCUGAGCCACAAUCUAGAAGGACAGCAAUAUUUGGAAGCGGGGACAUACAUUGUCUUGGAGAUUCAGCUGGACAAAGCCUUAGUUCCAAAGCGGAUGCCAGAAGAGCUGGCCAGAAGGGUCAAGGAAAUGAUACCUCCAAGGCCACCUCUCACCCGCCGGACAGGGGGAGCUCAGAAGGCAGUGAGUGAUUACCACACACAGAUCAAGAGCAUUUCCAGAGCCAUCCUGGAUGAAUACCACCGAAUGUUUGGAAAGCAAGUGAUCAAAGUGGGAAGUGAUGUGGACAGUGAAACCUUGGAGGAGCAGAAGUGCCAGCUCAACUAUGAGCUCAACUGCUCUGGAAAGUACUUUGCUUUCAAAGAACAGCUCAAGCACGCGGUGGUAAAGAUUGUGAGAGAGAAAUACUUGAAGACGACAGCAUUUGAAAGCCAGGAGGAGCUGCAGACAUUUAUCAGUGAGCUUUAUGUGUUCUUGGUAGAUCAAAUGCAUGUGGCCUUAAACCAGUCCAUGCCAGAUGGCAUGCAAGGCACCGCCUCAACGAUUCACACCAGCAGUGAGCAGCUUCGACUCUUCGCAUUUGAGGCAGAAGUCAAUGAGAAUUUUGAAAUGGCAGCAGUAUAUUAUGAAGAGAUAACUGUAUGUAUUUUCCAUCUCAAGAUUAUGGCAGUAUCAUUAGCUAUUCAAAGGUUGGUCCGUGAACCCCAGAACCUGGAUCACUGGCUGGAUUAUGGUGCCUUUUGCCUCCUCACAGAAGACAUCACAAAAGCACAGGAGUGUUUCCGGAAAGCCCUUUCUCUGAACGAGAGUCAUAUUCACAGCUUGUUGCUGUGUGGUGUCCUGGCUGUCUUGAUGGAGAACUAUGAGCAAGCAGAAAUCUUCUUUGAGGAUGCUACGUGCUUGGAGCCUACCAGUGUUAUCGCCUGGACUUUACUCGGGUUGUUCUAUGAAAUUCAGAAUAAUGACAUUCGAAUGGAAAUGGCAUUUCACGAGGCCUUCAAACAGCUUCAGGCACGAACCCUGCAAACAAAGCUAAAGAGUGCUGGUACCGUAGAGAAUAUUGACGAUGGCGUGAAGAUGGAGCACAGUUUUGGCCCUUGGGGAGCCAUGCACGAUUCGGCCACAGCCAUGAAAUCAGAAGGCCUGACAGGGAUCAAACUCAGGAGCUCCCACAUGCUGAGUUCUCAUCUCCCGGCUGAGCUGCAGUCCCAGCCCCAAGGACCAAGCACUGUGUUGUCCAGUCUAGACGAGUUUAUUGAAGAAUCAUCUAAGGCGCAUUCUGAGUCACAGGAACCAAUAAUGACUUUACAGCCUCUGGAACCUUCUCUUGCCCAGAAAUCAUCCAAUGUGCUAUUAAAAGAGCUAACAGGGAAAAAAGAAACAUCGAAAUGUCAAGAUUCCUCGACCUUUUUGCAUUCUACCUCUCAUGCCAUUCCCCAAGCUCCUGCCACAAUCUUCAUGGAGACCAUUCGCUUUCUGAUGAAGGUCAAUGCUGUGCAGUUUGUGCACAGAGUCCUGGCCCAUGAGUUGCUGUGCCCUCAGGGAGGACCCAGCUGUGAGUAUUAUCUGGCUCUGGCCCAGACACACCUUCUCAAGAAGGACUUUGCCAAGACAGAGGAAUACCUUCAGCAAGCAGCCCAGAUGGACUAUCUGAACCCUAAUGUCUGGGGUGUGAAGGGCCAUCUCUAUUUUCUGAGCGGCGAUCAUGCGGAGGCCAAGGCAUGCUAUGAGCGAACUGUUAGUUUUGUAGUUGACGCUUCUGAGAUGCACUUCAUCUUCCUACGCCUGGGACACAUCUACCUGGAGGAGAAGGAGUAUGAAAAGGCAAAGAGAACCUACAUGCAAGCCUGUAAGAGAUCGCCUUCAUGCCUGACCUGGCUAGGACUAGGCAUUGCCUGUUACAGGCUGGAGGAGCUCACAGAGGCUGAAGACGCUCUCUCCGAAGCCAAUGCACUGAAUAACUACAAUGCUGAAGUAUGGGCUUAUCUGGCUCUGGUCUGUCUGAAAGUUGGACGACAGCUGGAAGCCGAGCAGGCCUACAAGUACACAAUAAAGCUGAAACUGAAAGAUGAGGCUCUGCUUACAGAAAUCCACACCGUUCAGGAAAUGGUUGGCUUUGGAGAUCCAUCUUUCUGACAUCCUUAAAAAUGGAUAUUCAAUAUGGAACUACAAGCAUCUCAUCUUCCUUCCCAAAUUGUCACUAGAUAAAACCUGACCUCUCCCCCAUUAACUGUUAACUAUAAAUCAGAUCACAAUUAAAAAGGAAAAAUCAAAUGUA